GGAUAGAGCCACGGAUUGGCUGACUGGGGCGCAGCUUGAUGGCGUCGGGCUGGCGAGCUGCGGUCCCGCGGGUGGACCCGGGGCGAAGGCCGCCUGUGUGAGAGGGCCAGUGGCCCAAGCUCGCUGCGGACACGGGUAGGGGGAAUCGGGGGUACUAGGCCUCCCUACACUUCGCCAUGAGUUUCCUGAUCGACUCCAGUAUCAUGAUUACCUCCCAGAUACUUUUCUUUGGAUUUGGAUGGCUUUUCUUCAUGCGCCAACUGUUUAAGGACUAUGAAGUACGUCAAUAUGUGGUACAGGUGAUCUUCUCUGUGACUUUCGCAUUUUCGUGCACCAUGUUUGAGCUCAUCAUCUUUGAAAUCUUAAAAGUAUUGAAUAGCAGUUCCCGUUAUUUUCACUGGAAAAUGAACCUGUGCGUAAUCCUUCUGAUCCUGGUGUUCAUGGUGCCUUUUUACAUUGGCUAUUUUAUUGUGAGCAACAUCCGACUAUUGCAUAGGCAGCGACUGCUCUUCUCCUGUCUCCUGUGGUUGACCUUCAUGUACUUCUUCUGGAAACUAGGAGACCCAUUUCCCAUUCUCAGCCCGAAACAUGGGAUUUUGUCCAUAGAACAGCUCAUCAGCCGGGUAGGUGUGAUCGGUGUGACUCUCAUGGCUCUUCUUUCUGGAUUUGGUGCUGUCAACUGCCCAUACACGUACAUGUCCUACUUCCUCAGAAAUGUGACUGAUGCAGAUAUCCUCGCCCUGGAACGGCGACUGCUCCAAACCAUGGACAUGAUCAUCAGCAAAAAGAAAAGGAUGGCAAUGACACGGAGAACUAUGUUCCAGAAGGGGGAGGUGCAUAACAAACCAUCAGGAUUCUGGGGAAUGAUAAAAAGUGUUACCACUUCAGCACCAGGAAGUGAAAAUCUCACUCUUAUCCAACAGGAAGUGGACGCUUUGGAAGAACUAAGCAGGCAGCUUUUUCUGGAAACAGCUGAUCUGUAUGCUACCAAGGUACAGAGAAAGGAAACGGAAGUGUGGUUUUUAAUCAGUACGAUUGAAGGCAGAACAAGACUAAAUAGCUUUGUAGCAUCCUCUAUGGCCACCCAGCACAAGAGAGACCUCAUAGCUCCAGUAUCAGCCAUGAAGCAUGCAACGAUUAAUAUCGUUUUUGACCGGGUUGGGAAAACUGAUCCUGUCACAAGAGGCAUUGAGAUCACUGUGAACUAUCUGGGGAUCCAAUUUGAUGUGAAGUUCUGGUCUCAACACAUUUCCUUCAUUCUGGUUGGAAUCAUCAUCGUUACAUCUAUCCGAGGACUGCUGAUCACUCUUACCAAGUUCUUUUAUGCCAUCUCUAGCAGUAAGUCCUCCAACGUCAUUGUCCUGCUGUUAGCACAGAUAAUGGGCAUGUACUUUGUCUCCUCUGUGCUGCUGAUUCGAAUGAGCAUGCCUCUAGAAUAUCGUACCAUAAUCACCGAAGUCCUGGGGGAGCUACAGUUCAACUUCUAUCACCGUUGGUUUGAUGUGAUCUUCCUGGUCAGUGCUCUCUCCAGCAUACUGUUCCUCUAUUUGGCUCACAAACAGGCACCAGAGAAGCAUAUGGCACCUUGAACUCAUGCCUGUUACAGACUGCUACGGGCCAGUAGCGUCAGAAUUUGGAUUUAAGAGAAAACAAUGGAGGGGACCAGGGCCUAAUAUUUUUUAAACAAUCAAAACACUGAGGUAGCAGAUUCUACCUCCAGCUUAUGCCUUCCUCCUCAGCUGAUACUGUGAUCAUGUAGCAUUAGCUAGAACAUGAGCGUGAAGUAAACUCAAGCUAGCCCUCAGCGGAGCGCAUCCCACGUGGGUUUGAGGCUGAUGCAGCAUGGCGGAAGAGGGGUGGAAAAGAGCCAAGAAACUAGUCUGGGAGAAUACACUGGAGCCCUAGGGUAAGGGGAAGUCUGAGGUAGCUGGGCCAAACACACAGGAUCUCUGUCAAGGCUCACACGGAGGAGGUUCUGGCUUUCCCUUAAGAUUGACAAUCAUUAAAAUCAGAUUGGAACCCUU